UAAGAUUGUAAGCUACACUUUCGUUUUCUUUUAUUUCUAGCAUGAUAAAUCUGUUGUAAAGCUUUUCAGAUCUUGGUUUUAGACACGUAUUUCGAUUUUGACGGUCUAGGCUUUUAUUACUCUCACUCCUAGAUCUUAUAUAGUGUAAAACAAUGUGUGGUUUUGUUCAUGUCUCUGGAUAUGAUCAUGAUUAUUGCUUCUAACGUAAAACAAUGUGUGGUUUUGUUCAUGUCUCUGGAUAUGAUCAUGAUUAUUGUUUCUUUUAUUUUGCAUUUGGGUCGUAGGGUUGCGUUAUUGCUUGCUUUUUAUGAGUUUUUCAGGUUUGGAUUGGUUAUUGGCAGUAUUAAGAUAUUAAUGUUUCUACUUGAAAGGCUUAUAAUGUUAUGUCUUUUCAUCUCUUGAUAAAGUCUCUCUCUAAAUGUUCUGAUUGGAUAAGUAAAAGUUAUAACAAGGUAUCUCAUAAUCUUUGUAAAUGGGCUGUAAUUUUUUAUGUUAGGGGAAAGGCUUUUUUAUAAAUGAAUUUUCUUAGCAAAGAAAAAUAAUAAUAUAUUAAAGAUUUUGGAAACAAUUGUUUACCAUGUCUGCUUGUUUCGAGAACCAGUAUAUAAGCUGUGUGAUAUGAAUAAGAGCCAUAUGGUUGGAGAAACUAAGUAAUUUGAAUUUGUCAGGUGAGGCCCAUGGAAAUCCGCAGAGGUAGAUUUACUGGCCUGGACCGAACUAUAUUCAGUUUGGUCCAAAAAACAUUUUCAAAAGUCCAGUUUAAGUUAUCUUAGUACAAUCCAACAUCCCAAAGAAACUGGACUUUUUGAAACUCCUUUUGUUACAAGUUCUCUAGUAAGCCAUGCCUAUUUAUUAGUUUAAGUAAAAAAUUAAAAAUUAAAAAAAUAAAACGUGCGCGCACACAUGCAAUAACAAAAACAAGACAAAAACUGUCUGAUCUCAUUGAACCAUCCCCAACUUUUAUAAGAAAGACAUCAAACUGAAAUGCUCUUGUAGUGUCUUGAUUCAUGUGAUAAGAUAAUAUCAGGUCAUUACUCUUCAACUAGAUACCACAACUUGCAUCUAGGGCAGGUUCUUAAUGUGCUAUAGUCGCUUGUUAAAGAACAUUCAUUCUAUAUCUUUAGUUGUGAUGAAUAGGACAAUAUAAGUCAUUUUAACACUUCUCCCAUUAAACUGGUAUAUUUACUGCCUCAGCUAAUCUGGGAAUGACCAAAGAUUGCAAAAAUAAUGCAGUGUGAAGUUUGAAACAGGAGGAGCAGCUCCUGAAAAUGCAUUAUAUUCAUGUACUUAAACCGUUCAAUUUCAAUAUUAACGUGUGCUGUUGGAACAUCUAUAUGUUAGGGUAGCUCUCUCUUCUAUUUGCAUUGAUUUUAGAGUCUGGCUUAUUGACCAAGGUUAUCAAUGUUUGUGAGGGUCCCUUGUGUAGCAUGUAUAGAUUAGAAUGAAGUGUUUUAGUUUCAUUGAUAAGUUUUUGGUUUCAUAGCUGAACUAGUUAAGCUUUUGCACUAAAAUGAAGUUUGAAAUUUGAAAUUUGAAAUUUGUUUUAGAUAGAAAAAUUAUGUGAAUCUCUUGGAUUUACAAUAAUUGUAGGGUAUUUUACUUCGAGAAGAGCAUUACAGAAGAUUUUGGCUUUUGUUUGUAUGGUCUUCUAGGAAGUUUCUAUACAUUUUGCCAGUCCCGACAUAUUCAUGUUUUUCUUUUAUUUUAUAUUUACCUUUCAAGGAUUCAAGAUGUAUAUUUCAUUUAUAACUUGUUUAGUGCUUUUCUAAUUCAUAAUUUGGGGGGUGAAAUGUAAGAGAUUUUUCAAUUUGAAAUGGUAAAAACAGUUCUCUGCACAGUAUUAUAGUCGGUUAUAUAGAAUCUAAUAAAUAUUCUCUUACACUCAUUUUCUAGCUGAUCUUGAUAGGGUCAUGAUUACUAAUCUAAUUUACAAAAUUUUGUAUUUUCUAUUGGUGGUUUUCAUUUGCCAUAUUUGGGUAUUCUGGUUACCUUGUGUAUGUUGCGGGGUGGUGUUAUUUUUCUACAAAUUAAAAAUGGAAUAACAUAAAUGAAGAUUCAAGUGACAGUAAGUCGAUAUUUCACUAGAUUUUGGAGAGACAAUAAGUCGAUAUUUCAAUUCUGUGUUGCAUGGAGUACUGCGCUUACAUAAGAUUCUGUUGAGCCAUCCAAAACCUGUAUCAGAUAAUUGUUUAGAUGAUAGAUGGAAAGUAUUUAAGGUACGUUUGUGGAAUAGCUUCGUUAUUAAUAUUAUAGUUCAAUUAGUUGGAACAUUAUCUGAUGUUAGUAACUUUGUUAAUGGCGUAGAAUUGUUUGGGAGCUUUAGAUGGAACUUACAUUAAGGUGAAUGUACCAGAAAUCGAUAAGCCAAGAUAUCGCACAAGAAAUGUUGAGAUAGCCACAAAUGUUUUAGGUGUAUAUAAUCCAAAUAUGGAAUUUAUAUUUGUAUUACCUGGUUGGGAAGGUUCCGCUUCAGAUUCAAGAGUACUCCGUGAUGCAUUAAGUAGGCCAAAUGGGUUAAGAGUACCAACCGGUUAUUAUUACUUAGUGGAUGCUGAUUAUACUAAUGGUGAAGGAUUUCUUGCACCAUAUAGAGGAACAAGAUAUCACCUUUCUGAGUGGAGAGAUGGUUGUGCACCCAUAAAUCACGAAGAGUAUUUCAACAUGAAGCAUGCAUCUGCUAGGAAUGUCAUAGAAAGAUGCUUUGGGGUUCUUAAAAAGCGGUGGGCAAUUUUAAGAAGUCCAUCUUUCUAUCCUAUUGCAACACAAAUCAAGAUCAUUACCGCAUGUUGCCUUAUACAUAAUCUUAUUAGAAGAGAAAUGAUAACUGAUCCUGGGGAAGUUGAGUUUGAUAGGAGUGAAGAUGUUGCCAUUAGCUAAGCAAAUGUUUGAUGAGAGGAGAUGUCAUGGACAUUAGUGGUUUAGUGUUUUAAUGCUCUUGUAAUUGUUUUAUUUUAUACUGUUUGUUAAACAUCUUGGAUCAUUUAUAUGAAAACCAA